UUUAAGGCGUUGGGGGGGUGUUGGGGAGGGUUGGGUUCGUCCCAAACACCUCCCAACUCUUGUCUGUUUGAGGUGUUCGGGACCGUUGGGAUAAAACCUCCCUAUAUUUCGGAAUUUACUAAAAUACCCCUUCUUAUAUUACCUGUUAGGUUUUCCCUUCACAGCCUCACAGGACGCAAACAACACGUACCCUAACACACCUCUGAUCUCUCACGCACGCAGCACGCCGCUUUUCUCCUUCUCGACUACCAGCAUGGGUAAAAGAAAGGAAUCGGAUGAAUCAACUAAAAGAAGAGAGCCAGCUACCUCAUGGAUGGAUUCGAUAGAUGAUUUGUUGAUAGAUGAGCUACUGAAUCAGCAACAACUUGGCCAGAGAGUCGAUGGUAAUUUUACUACCAAUGCUUAUCAGAAGAUUGUGAAUGUUUUGAAUAAAAAUUUCCCACUAGUUUCCAUGAGUAAGGAUAAGGUCAAAGCUCGUAUGCGAACUUUGAAAAAGAAAUUUUCUGAAUGCUAUGAUAUAUUCAAACAUGGCCACUUGAGUGGGUUUGCCUGGAAUCCGGAAACGUGUAAAUGGAGCGCGGAUGAGGAGGUAUGGGCGAGAUUGAUAGCGAGAAAUAAAGAUGCUGAGGAAUGGAGGAAUAAGAGAAUUCGAAACUAUCACAAGCUUGAAGAGUUGUGGGCCAUUGAUAGAGCUGAUGGAGCCAAUGGAAUUGAUGGUUCUAAGUUACAACAUAGAUGGCGAUGUACAGUGAGAAUUGAUAGUGAUUUUGAUGAGAACGAUGGUGAAAAUGAUGCGCCUGGUGAAUUCUUUAAUGAUCAGGAGGUAGAUGGAACCCCUACACAACGACGCACUGUCACGUCGGAGGCUUCUUCUCCUUAUAAAGGCACGGGUUCAAGUAGCUGCAAGAAGGGCAAAAGGGUUUUAGAUGGUGGGAUUGAUGGGGUAGAGUUUCUUGCAACUCUAAAAGCAUGCUCAUCAGAUUUGAGUACCCGACUCGAAAUGUUUGAAGACGCAUUUAAAGUUACUAAUCGAGUUAAGGACGUUAGUGGUACUGAGAUAUUUAAUGAACUCGAAUCCUUGGGUCUUGAGCUGGAUGAGAUUGAUGAGGCGUACACUUUCCUUAACCUUCGUCCUGAGAUGCUAUUUGCUUUUCUUGAGUAUCCGGUUGUUCAUCGAAAGAGAUGGUUGUUGAAGGAACUUCACUCGUUUAGAAACAAGGAGCCGAAAUAGAAUUGCAUGAUUUUGUGUCUAUUAACUAUGUUGUGUGUAUGAACUUUGUUGGGUAUUUUGGAGCUGCGAAAUCUAUGUUUAUGAAGUUUGAAAAUAGUAUUGUGAAUGUUUAUUGAAUUGUGAUGUACUGUGGGUAUUUUGGUGCGUUGGAUUAUGUUUGGAAUGUUUAUUGAAAUGUGAUUGAAGACUUGUUGCAUUAACGUUUUGGUAUAUAUUUUAUGGUGAAACUGCAAUAGCUUGUUCGGUU